UUGGAUUCAUAAAGCAUAAUGACAAACUAGCUUUGAACAAGGAAACAAUUUCAUUGAGUUUGAUUUGUCAAAGAGAUCAAACUUAGGGGAGAAGGGUUAAAUAAUCAGCCUUCCUCAGGAGAAUAAAAAAGAGAACAUUCUAUGGCAGUUGAGAGUGGGGGUGGGUGAGAGAGAGUGGGAAAAGAGAGAAAAGACAAAGAGAAGAGAAAAUAGAAAAAAAGAGACUAGAGAAGGAAAAAAGAAGAAAGAAAAUGGAGAGAAGGAAGUAGAAAUAAAAGAAAGAGGGAAGAGAGAAGAGGGGAGGUAAAGAAGAAAAAGAAAAGAGUGAAAAGAGAAAACAGAAGAUUAGACUUGGUAGAAGGAGAGAAAAAAGGAGAGAGAAAAGAACAAAAAAUGAAAUAAAAAGUAAUAAGGAAAAAAGAAAAAGUGGAAAGAGAAGGAAAGACAAAAAAAAGAGAAAAAAGAGAUAAGGAGAUAAUUGAAGAGAGAGGAAGCCACAACAAAGGAAGCUGAGCCCAAGAGAGACAAGAAGCAAGCCUAUCUAGGGCAAGGUACCAGGAGGAAGAUGUUGCUGCUCCGGGUUAUUUUUCUGUUUUCCUCCAGCCUUUCAGUGGCCCAGGCAUGGGGAGGAUGGAAUUUCCAGAAUGACAGAGUCCAGAGACUUGAAGCCCUAGGGAUCCAAGAGGAAAAGAACUUGUUGGUUCUCACAGCAACAACGCUGCCCAGAGUGCUGAAUGAGACUCGGUUUCUGAUGGUGGAGUUUUAUAAUCCUCUAUCAAAACAAUCCCAAAAUCUGAUAAAGGAAAUGGGCAAAGCAGUGGAUAUAAUGGGAAAAGAAAAAACUGGAGUCCUAUUUGGCAAAGUGAACAUCACCUCUGAGAAGUUGUUGGAGAAAGAAUUUGCAAUCAAAAACGUCCCCACGGUGAAGCUUUUUGUUGAAGGUCAAAGACAGCAACCCAUUGAUUGCAGAGGUGUUAUUGAAGCUGCAGCCCUUGUUGCAUGGUUGCGGAACCAAAUUAGACUCAGCGUUGUGUUGCUCACGAGCCGAGAGCAGACAAAGACUUUUAUCAGCUCGAAGAAACUGUCUGUCAUUGGUUUCUUUGAGGAUCUCCAUGAGGGAACAGUGGAACUCUUCUAUGAACUAGUAAAAGACUUUCCAGAAGUUCCUUUUGGACUGACAGAACAAAGAAAUGUUUGGAUUCUAUAUGGCAUCACCAUUGACACCAUGGUAGUAUUCCAACAGGGAACAAUUGUGCAUUUUGAAGAAUGUGAAGAAGACAGACACAUCUUGAGAGACCUCAGUCAAAUAGUCAAAUUCUUCACCAUGGACUUGGUUAUAGAGUACAAUAUAGAGACAAUGGACCAGAUUUAUGAUAUGCACAUCAGGAAUCAUAUCCUGCUAUUCAUCUCUAAGAACUCUACAGAAUUUGGGGCCUUAGUUAAAACUUUUGAAUCUGUGGCUCAGGAGUUCAAGAACAAGCUUAUCUUUCUCAUGGUGAAUACUGAUCAAGUUGACAACACCCACGUUUUAGAGUAUUUCCAGAUCACUUCCUGGGACAUUCCUGGUGUUAGAAUUCUAAAUCUGACCAAGAACACGAGAUAUAGAAUGCCUGCUGAGGAAAUAACCUUCAAAAACAUGAAAAAGUUCUGUAAUAACUUCUUGGAUGGGCUUGCAAAGCAACAAUUACCCAGUGAGAAUAUUCCCAAAGAUUGGGAUACUAAGCCUGUUAAGGUGCUUGUGGGAAAGAACUUCAAGGAGGUUGUCUUCAGCCAUAAAAGAAAUGUGUUUGUAAUGUUCUAUGCUCCAUGGUCUUAUGAAUGCAAGUCUCUGCUCCCAGUAUUGGAGGAGCUAGGCAAGAAAUACCAGUAUCAUGAAUCUGUCACCAUUGCAAAAAUUGACAUUACUGCCAAUGAUAUUCAACAGACAUUCCUGGAAAAGUACCCAUUCUUCAAAUUCUUUCCAGCUAAAUCUGAUUUGGUUGUACCAUAUAAUGGCGAAUAUUCCCUGAAUGCCUUUAUUGACUUUGUGGAAAAAGAAAUCAAGUCCCAAAUGGAAUUAGAGGAGUGGUCUUUUGAGGAAGAAGAGUCUGAUGAAAAAGAGGACCUUUCUCUUCAAGAUUGGAAGAAAACCAAGGAAGAAUUGUGAUCCUCCUGAAGAACAGGAAGAUAGAUGUUUAUCAUUUACAAGCCAUGGGGCACAUAGGACUACUGUAUUUUGAGUAAUAAUAUUGUAAAAGGAAAAUAAUAAAACCUCAGAAUAAAAUAUA